GUACACACUAGGCGAUCCAAUCCCAAUCACGAGCCGAAAGGAAUUACCGUCCAUCGGCCAUGGCUUCGUCGCCGCGUAACUCGCGUUCCCGCUCGCGCUCACGUUCACCAACGCAGUCUGCGUCUCGGCGCUCUCCUGGUUGCAACGCGCGCAAAAGCUCCGCAUCUCGCUCUCGCUCCCGUUCUGCCUCUCGGUCCGCGUCCAAAGCGCGUUCGUCUGCUGAUGAGAAAUCCCCCAGUCGUAGCAAAGAAGCAUCCAAAUCGAAGACUGUGACGCUGCGCGUCGAGAACCUCACGCGCAACGUGAAUGCCGACCACCUGCGCGAGAUCUUCGGCAAGUUCGGUGUCGUCGUGCGCGUUGACAUGGCCGUUCCUAGAGGCAAAGCCAGUGCCUUUGUGGCCUUUGCUGCUCAGAAGGAUGCGGACAAUGCCAAGGACCACAUGCACGACGGCUGGCUGGACGGCAACAAGCUGCGCGUGCUGCCGGAUGCCCCCAAGCCUGAGCCUAAUCGCACGGUAACGCACUCGUCGCUGUCUCCAAGAAGCCGUAGUCGACGCGGCGGUCGCUUCCGGUCGCCUUCGCCGGCACGACGUGGAGGAAGAGGGCGACGCGCCGCGUCACCGUUCAGAGGACGCAGUCGGAGCCGCAGCUUUGGCAACCGACGUGGACGCUCCCGUUCGCCGGCAUUCCGUCGCCGUGCGCCGUCGCCAUUCCGUGGAGGACGACGCAGUCCGUUCCGGGGUCGUCGACGCUCUCCAAGUCCAUUCCGACGUCGUCGUAGUCCCAGUCGUAGCAGAAGCCGCAGUCGGAGCUUCAGCAGAAGUCGCAGCCGCAGCUUUAGCCGUUCGCGAGGCCGCAGUCGAAGUCGCAGUGUGAGUCGCAGCCGGAGCCGCAGUCGAGGACAUAGCUCUAGUAGCCGCAGUCGAAGCUCCAGUCGCGGCCGGAGACGCCGCAGCCCCAGUCGGAGCCGAAGCAGAAGCCGCAGCCGCAGCUAAGGACAGUACGAGCCUCAGUGAUGGCCUGCACACUUGCUCAAGUGUUUUUGACUUUGCUGCUUUACUGCCGUUUCUAAUGAAUACAUCACGUCCUUGGAUUCUUGACAAUUGCAAAACUACCAGACGUGCUUGCUUAGCU